GCCGGUGCAAUUGCCUCGCCUCAGUUGCUCAUGUUAUCUGGAAUAGGGCCGAAACGACAUCUUGAGACAUUUGGAAUACCUGUCAUUCAAUCCCUCGACGUCGGAUACAAUUUGCAUGACCACUGCACCUAUACAGAACUGAACUUUCUUCUCAAUCAAACGGUCACAAUGGUUACGAAUCGAACAACAGCUGAACUAUUUCAGGAGUACAUUACUAAUCACUCCGGACCAUUUUCGAUACCAGCUCGAUUCGAGUCAAUCGCUUUUGUCAAAACUCCUCACUCGGAUCUACCCGCAGAAUACCCGGACUUGGAAAUCAUGCUUGUAUCGACCUAUCUAAACGGAGACAACACAGACAUUGGAUUUCAACUCCUCGGGAUGCCCCAAAUCAUGAACGGAAGUAUUUUUAUAAACUAUCCCGGUCACGACAAAUUCAGUCUGUUUCCCGUGAUAAUGCGACCGAAAGGCCGUGGCAGAAUUUCUCUCAAGUCCUCCAAUCCAUUUGAUCCCCCACUCAUGGAACCCAACUAUUUGAGCAAUCAACACGAUAUCAUCACCCUGAUAGAUGGUAUGAAGAUGGUAGUUAAAGUAGCUGAGUCCCAAAACUUUGCACAAUAUGGAGCCCAUCUAGAUCCAACUCCGGUGUCAGCCUGCGCUCAUCUGCCGUUCAGAAGCGACCAAUACUGGAGGUGUGCCAUCCGGCAGUUCGGCAAAAACAUCCACCACCAAUCGGGAACAUGCAAAAUGGGACCGGCGAGCGAUUCAACGGCCGUCGUCAAUCCAGAGCUGCAGGUGCACGGUGUAAGGAAUCUACGCGUGGUAGACACUUCCGUAAUUCCUCUGCCAAUCGCCGGACACACGAACGGGGUUGUGUUCAUGAUAGGCGAGAAGGCAGCCGAUAUGGUGAAGCGACACUGGGCACGUAGGGGCUAUCAGUGAGCGAGAGUAAUAAACUUUGCGGGUGGGCGUAAACAGUUUUUGUUUGUUUAGUGGAGUGUUUGACGGGCAAAGUACUGGAAGUUGUUAGUUUUUUAAAUCAAAUCUACAUAAAAUCACA